AUGCUCCCAGCAGCGCCGCCCAGAACCGCCGCUGGCGGGCGCGGUUUCCGCGCGCACAGCGGCAGCUGCACCAGCAGCGCCUUCCUCGCCUCCCUCUUCCUGCUUCUCCUCGCACGCGCCGCGAUCUGCGACCCAUCACCCGUGUCGCUGAGGUGGAUUCGGCUGGAGCAGACGCACGACAUGCUGGGGUGGACGCCGUCCGUCUACUUCCAGUGCGAGGGCGAGGAGAAGCGCGCGCUCACGGGCGUCGAGAGCGCCAAUGUGGAUUACAAUUUCACCCUGCACGAGUCGUUCCAGCCCCUGACAGAGUUGCAGCCGCCGCAGUGCAAGCGGUGCGGCAUGUUUGAGGCGGACUCAUGGACGCGAGACGACACCUUUGCCAUCUUCGAGCUCUGCCCCCUCGCCUUCUCCGCGCCGCCUGCCUCCCAGCUGCACCUCAACUUCACUGGGGAGUUCCGUGCUGUGCUCUCCUGCCCUGCCUGCAACCCCAAUGGGAAAGCGCUUUACUCCGAAGAAGGAACAGCGGACAGCGGCCCGCUCUCCCCCAUCCUCAUCACCUUGGCAGUCAUAGGCGGCCUCUCAUGCCUCGCGGCCCUCACCCCCUCCCCCCAUUCUCCCUCACCCCCUCCCCCCAUUCUCCCUCACCCCCUCCCCCCAUUCUCCCUCACCCCCUCCCCCCAUUCUCCCUCACCCCCUCCCCCCAUUCUCCCUCACCCCCUCCCCCCAUUCACCCUCUCCGCCCUCCAAUCUGCAGAAGGAACAGCGGACAGCGGCCCGCUCUCCCCCAUCCUCAUCACCUUCGCGGUCAUCGGUGGCCUCUCAUGCCUCGCGGCCCUCGUCGCGCUCCUCGUCUUCCUCGCCCGCCGCAACCACUACUCCUUCUCCUUCACACUCCCGCUCUUCCUGCGGCGCCGCAUCGAUCCCAACACAGCCAAGUUCCUGGAGAUGUUCGAGGAGGAGGAGGAGGAUGGAUUGAUGGAGGCACGGUUGAGGCAUGGCGGAGAGGGGUUGGGGGGCUCGUAUGUGGAUUCUUCGGCGGCGGUGGUGGUGGUUGGGGAUGGGAGGGUGGGGGGUUCGGGCUUUACUAUUGCUCCGGAUCAUUCGCGACAGGAUGAUUGA